UAGAGUAAGGCACUGCGAUGUACGAUUAGAAAUCAACUAUUGCGCCCCUUCUACUGAAUUCCGCUGAAUAAGCUCGAGUUUAAAUACCCCAGGGAACCCCCCCGACUGCACUCUUUCUCCAUCACUCUCUCACAUACAUCAGAAGAAAUGGCCACUUCCAACAACCACGUCGCCGUCGCCCAGCAGAUCUCCACCGUCUUCCCCAAGGCUCGCCAGCCCACCGUCGGUAAGGCUAUCGACGAGCAGCAGGAUGGUCUCUUCGCUCCUCUCAAGAUCAAGGAUGUCGAGCUCAAGAACAGGGUCAUGAUCCCCCCUAUGUGCAUGUACUCCGCCGUCGACGGUGUCCCCAACACCUUCCACUUGGGUCAUUACACCGGUAUUGCCACCCGUGGUGCUGGUCUCAUCAUCGCUGAGGCUUCCGGUGUCUCCGCUGAGGGUCGCAUUACCCCCUCGUGCUGUGGUAUCUGGAACGAGGAGCAGGAGAAAGCAUGGAAGGGUAUCGUUGAUGCUGUCCACGCUAUCGGUGACGCGAAGAUCGGUCUCCAGAUUGCCCACGCUGGUCGUAAGGCAUCUACCUACGAGCUCUUCGAUCCCGUCGUGAACGGUACCUCUACCGCCCCCCGCUCCGAGGGUGGUUGGGCUGAGGGCCCCAACGAGGUCAUCUCCUCCACCAACAAGAAGUUCCAGGACGACUACCCCGAGCCCAUCGCCAUGCAGCAGAAGGACAUCGACCGUAUCGUCAAGGCUUUCGCCGAUUCUGCCGUCCGCGCUGACCGUGCUGGUUUCGACGUUGUCGAGAUCCACAUGGCUCACGGAUACCUUGCUCACCAGUUCUACUCUCCCCUCUCCAACGACCGUACCGACGCCUACGGUGGUUCCUUCGAGGGCCGCGUUCGCUUCCCUCUCGAGAUCGCCAAGGCCGUCCGUGCCGUCUGGCCCGAGAACAAGCCCCUCUUCGCUCGUCUCUCCUGCUCUGACUGGGUUGAGGAGGGUGGCUGGACCAUCGAGGACUCUGUCAAGCUCUCCGAGCUCUUGAUGAAGGAGGGUGUUGACCUUAUUGACUGCUCUUCCGGUGGUGCUUCCCCCGACCAGAAGAUCAAGUCAGCCUUCAACGCGUACCAGGUUCCUUUCUCCAAGCAGAUCCGCGACGAGGUCAAGGGUAUCAAGACCGCUGCUGUCGGUGGUAUUACUAACGCCGAAGAUGCCGACUCUUACGUCCGCGACGGUUCCGCCGACUUGGUCGCCAUCGGCCGUGGUAUCUUGGGUAUGCCCAACUGGGUUUUGGACGCUGCUAAGGAAUUGAAGGUCACUGUUCCUACUGCUCCUCAGUACGUCUACGGUGCUGGAGGCAAGUCUAAGAGGAGGUUGGCUAAGGAGGCCCGUGAGGCCGAGGCGAAGAAGUUGGAGGACAACCACGGUGCUGUCCAGGAGGUUACUGCUUAAAUGGUGUUCGGUUUUGAUUUAUUUAGAUAGAGGUACGAUAUUACUAUAGAAGUUACAAUAGCAAAAACUAUACGCUCGUUAAACUUGCUGAGCAAACCGCUUUGUCUAUUCUCUCAGGGUCUGCUCUGGUUAUGGCAGA